AUGGGGAAUGCAUCCAACACCUCAGUGUUCACCUCCACCUUAUCGGAGAGAGAAGACCUGAUUUUUGGCACUCUCUAUUUGGUCUUUGGCGUCCUGUCCCUGUCUGGGAACUCUCUGCUGCUGCUGGUGGCCCAUCAGAAGAGGUCCCUGCUGAAACCUGCCGAGCUCUUCAUCGUCAACCUGGCCGUCAGCGACCUGAGCAUGACGGUGACGCUCUUCCCCCUGGCCACCUCCUCCUUCUUCGCACACAGGUGGCUCUUCGAGCAGGCCCUGUGCACGCUCUACGCCUUCUGCGGGGUGCUGUUCGGGCUGUGCAGCCUGGGCAGCCUGACGGUGCUCAGCACGCUCUGCUGCCUCAAGGUCUGCUACCCGGCAUACGGGAGCAGGUUCUCGCGGGGCCACGCCGCCGGGCUGCUGCCGGCCGUGUGGGCCUACGCCCUGGCCUUCGCCAGCGCGCCCCUGGCCCGCUGGGGCAGCUACGGCCCCGAGCCCUACGGGACAGCCUGCUGCGUCACCUGGGAGGCCUCCGGCCGGGGGGCCAUGCUCUACAUCCUCGCCCUCUUCAUCUUCUGCUACCUGCUGCCCUGCCUGCUCAUCCUGGCGUCCUACGCGCUGAUCCUGUGGACGGUGUGGGCGUCGCGGAGAGCCGUGAGGCAGCACACGUCCCCCCGGCGCGGGGCCCGCGGCCUGCACGGCCUGCUCCUCAGGCUGAGCAUCGCCGUGUGCCUGGGGUUCCUGGCUGCCUGGACUCCCUACGCCGUGCUGGCGCUGUGGGCGCUGCUGGGGGACGCCAGCCAGGUGCCGGCGCUGGCCUUCGUGCUCUCGGCCGUCCUUGCCAAGUCCUCGGCGCUCUACAACCCGCUGGUGUACCUGCUGCUCAAGCCCAGCUUCCACGAGCUGCUGUCCAAGGACGGGGCUCUGCUGCGGGCCCUGCACAGCCUCCUGUGCUGCCCCGGCGCUUGCAGCAGCUGCAGUGAGGUUUUUGAGCGUUUCAGCGGCUGCCCCAGGUGCCACGCUCCCCCCCGGCUGCCCGGCGGCCCUGCCCGGCGUGGGCCCCUGGCCGUGCUGGCCGGCGGGGCCGCGGGGCAGCCGGGGCUCGGGAGGACGGUGCAGGUGGUGGUGCUGCUCACACGGAGGUGGCCAGGCCUGGGCACUGCCAGCGUGGCACGGGAGGCCCUGCCCUCGGCCAUGGCCAAGGAGCUGCUCUGA